UGCUGGUGCGUGCAGUUACGUAUAGAGAGCGUAAUUCACGGCCUAAGUAAAAACAAACACAACGUAACCAUAAAUAUAUGGCUUCAGUGCGGAAAACUGUGAAAAUUUCAAACCCGGUGCAUAUAAAGUGAAAAAUAAAAGAUUCAGGGGAACUACUUGUACAAAAUAAUAUCUUAAAAAAUGUACGGAUUUGUCAACUAUGCUUUAGAAUUGUUGGUGACGAAAACCUAUGGCGAGGAAAUAUGGGAAAGAAUCAAGAAAAAGGCAGAAGUGGCUAUGGAGGGUUCUUUCCUUGUACGACAGAUAUACGAGGAUGAGAUUACGUAUAAUCUUAUAACAGCUGCUGUUGAGAUUUUGGAAAAACCUGCAGACGCUAUCUUGGAGCUCUUUGGCAUGACUUUCUUUGAAUUUUGUCAAGACUCCGGAUACGAUAAGAUUCUUCAAGUUCUUGGAGCUACGCCGCGUGAUUUCUUACAGAACUUGGAUGGUCUACAUGAUCACCUUGGCACUCUGUACCCUGGUAUGCGUGCUCCAUCAUUCCGUUGUACCGAGAGACCUGAAGAUGGGGCUCUGGUUCUGCAUUACUAUUCGGACAGGCCUGGCUUGGAGCAUAUUGUUAUCGGGAUUGUAAAGACGGUGACCAGCAAGCUUCACAAGACGGAAGUACAAGUAGACAUUUUGAAGACAAAGGAGGAAUGUGAUCAUGUCCAGUUCCUCAUCACGGAGACAUCCAAUCCUGGACGGGUAUCUGUACCAGAGAUUGCCGAGAUUGAAACUCUGUCACUUGAACCAAAGGUCAGUCCGUCAACAUUCUGUCGAGUGUUUCCUUUCCACCUGAUGUUUGAUCGUGAGCUGAACAUAGUACAAGCCGGACGCACCGUAUCCCGUCUGCUUCCGAGAGUUACACGACCUGGGUGCAAGAUCACUGAUGUAUUGGAGACGGUCCGUCCACAUUUAGAGAUGACAUUUGCUAAUGUUCUGGCGCAUAUCAAUACUGUUUACGUAUUGAAGACUAAAUCUGAGGAAAUGACUGUCACGGAUCCUCAUGAAGAAAUUGCUUCAUUGCGUUUAAAGGGUCAAAUGCUUUACAUACCAGAUACAGACGUGGUGGUCUUCCAAUGCUACCCCAGUGUUACUAAUCUUGACGAUUUGACUCGUCGUGGACUAUGCAUCUCGGAUAUUCCACUCCACGAUGCCACAAGGGAUCUGGUGCUAAUGUCUGAACAGUUCGAAGCUGAUUAUAAACUGACUCAAAAUCUGGAGGUUCUAACUGAUAAGCUUCAGCAGACCUUCCGGGAGUUGGAGGCUGAGAAACAGAAAACUGAUAGACUGCUAUACUCAGUGCUACCAAUAAGCGUAGCUACCGAGCUUCGUCAUCGCCGCCCGGUACCCGCGCGUCGGUAUGACCCCGUCACUUUGCUGUUCAGUGGGAUUGUGGGCUUUGCCAACUACUGUGCAAGGAACAUCGACCACAAAGGCGCCAUGAAGAUUGUCAAGAUGCUCAACGAUCUGUACACAGCAUUCGAUGUGCUUACAGAUCCGAAGCGGAACCCUGAUGUAUACAAGGUCGAAACAGUCGGUGACAAAUACAUGGCGGUAUCUGGUUUGCCUGAAUACAAAGUGGCGCAUGCUAAACACAUUUCCCUGCUUGCUCUUGAAAUGAUGGAUCUCUCUCGAACAGUUACUGUAGAUGACGAACCAGUGGGUAUAACAAUCGGUAUCCACUCUGGAGAAGUGGUAACUGGUGUGAUUGGUCACCGAAUGCCACGUUAUUGUCUCUUCGGUAACACAGUGAACCUGACAAGUCGGUGCGAGACUACUGGUGUCCCGGGGACCAUCAAUGUCAGCGAGGAUACUUACAGUUACCUGAUGCGUGAAGAUAACCACGAUGAUCAAUUUGAGCUCACCUACCGCGGGCAUGUCUCCAUGAAGGGAAAGGCUGAACCCAUGCAGACGUGGUUCCUGACAAGGAAGAACGCUUAAAGCUUAUAGAUCAGUAUAUUGCACUUUAGAAUAUUAAGCAUUGGAACUAUCACAAAGUCUGUUAUCAUACCAAAUAUAACAUUCAAGAGCCUGCACACCACGUUUUUUAAACGCACCGUUGACGCGCGUUUGUAACGAUACAAUCGCGAUACGCACGCGAGUCAGACGCAGCCUGUAGAUCUUUGCAGACCUGUAUAAAUUCUAACACGCGUUUGAAUCGAUACAGUCGCGCGUGUGUAGCGAUACAGACGCGCCGGUGUCGCGCGUUUGAAUCGAUACAAACGCGAUGCUAACGCGCGUGUGUUUCGAUACAAACGACAAUAAACUGCUUUCUAGUAUAGAAGCGCGCCGUCGACGCACGUUUCUAAAACGCGCGUCAACGGCGCAUUUAAGAAACGUGGUGUGCCCUUAAGAGUGCUCUCUCCGUCACUCGUUUCAUACAAUCGUAGUUCUAAUUUCAUUUGAAUAUU